UUUUGUUGAUGAAAACAUUUCCCGAUAUACUCUGAGAAAUUACGUAUCGACUCUAGUAAACUAUUUUAAGAUCUUCAAUUUGAUUAUUAUCAUGGCGGAUUCGGCUUCUAGAAAUGUAAUCGAUGGGAACGUCCUCGCGGCCAAGGCUCUCGCUCGCUUCGGGGUGACUCACAUGUUUGGAGUCGUUGGAAUCCCCGUCACUUCUCUGGCUAACCGCGCCGUGGCGCUUGGAAUUCGGUUCAUCGCAUUUCACAACGAGCAAUCAGCGGGCUAUGCCGCCUCUGCUUAUGGUUACCUCACUGGACUCCCUGGUAUCCUCCUUACGGUGUCCGGACCGGGAUGCGUUCACGGACUUGCGGGGCUUUCGAACGCUAUGGUGAAUACCUGGCCUAUGGUCAUGAUCUCAGGUUCAUCCGACCAGAAGGACGCCGGACGCGGCGACUUUCAAGAGCUCGAUCAAAUUGAGGCCGUGAAACCUUUCUCCAAGUUUUCCGCGAAAGCGAAGGACGUAAGGGAAGUUCCUGAUUGUGUAGCUCAGGUUCUUACUCGGGCCGUCUCGGGUAGACCUGGCGGGUGUUAUCUAGAUCUACCUACUGAUGUCUUGCACCAAACGAUAUCGGAAUCCGAUGCGGAGAUUCUGUUAACCGAAGCUGAGAAAUAUAGGAAAACGGACUCGAUUGUUAGUGUAGGGAGCUCCGAGAUUGAGAAAGCGGUUUCAUUGCUCAGAACAGCAGAGAAGCCGUUGAUAGUGUGUGGGAAAGGCGCAGCUUACGCGCGAGCCGAAGGUGAAUUGAGGAAGUUGGUGGAGAGUACGGGGAUCCCUUUUUUGCCUACUCCAAUGGGUAAAGGUCUGUUGUCUGAUACUCAUGAGCUUGCUGCAAGUGCAGCUAGGUCGCUUGCUAUUGGCAAAUGUGAUGUUGCGUUGGUAGUCGGUGCUAGAUUGAAUUGGUUGUUACACUUUGGCGAGACACCGAAAUGGUCGAAGGAUGUGAAGUUUAUUCUCGUGGAUGUGAGCGAGGAAGAGAUUCAGUUAAGGAAACCUCAUCUGGGUAUCGUUGGAGAUGCGAAAAGGGUUCUCGAGAUGAUCAAUAAGGAAAUUAAGGAUGAUCCUUUUUGUUUGGGGAAGUCUCAUCCCUGGGUCGAGGCCAUUUCGAGCAAAGUGAAGGACAAUGUGUCAAGAAUGGAGGCUCAGUUGGCGAAGGAUGUGGUGCCUUUUAAUUUCUUGACGCCGAUGAGAAUCAUAAGGGACGCGAUUUUGGGGUUGGGGAGUCCUGCUCCGGUAGUGGUUUCUGAGGGGGCGAAUACUAUGGAUGUUGGUAGAGCGGUUUUGGUUCAGACAGAGCCGAGGACAAGGCUGGAUGCAGGGACUUGGGGAACGAUGGGGGUUGGUUUGGGUUAUUGCAUUGCUGCUGCAGUGGCUUCACCUGAGCGGCUUGUGGUUGCUGUUGAAGGAGAUUCUGGAUUUGGGUUCAGUGCCAUGGAAGUUGAGUCAUUGGUUCGGUAUCAGUUGCCUGUGGUUGUAAUAGUUUUUAAUAAUGGUGGUGUAUAUGGUGGUGAUCGGAGGAAUCCUGAAGAAGUUACAGGACCUCAUAAAGAUGAUCCAGCUCCCACUUCCUUUGUUCCUGGUGCGGCAUAUCAUACUCUUAUUGAGGCUUUUGGAGGAAAAGGUUAUCUUGUUGGAACACCGGAUGAACUCAAGUCUGCUCUUGCUGAAUCUUUUUCUGCGCGAAAACCAGCUGUUAUAAAUGUUAUUAUUGAUCCUUUUGCUGGUGCUGAGAGUGGGAGGAUGCAACACAAGAAUUGAGGUAGGUUUCUGCAUUUCUUUGUAUCUGCUGCUAGCCUGCUGCAGGAGCUGGUGUUGCACCAUGCCCUUCAAUAAUGUUAAGUUUCCAAAUUUCAACUGCUGUUUAGAAUCACACGCAUCAUGUUCAAUUACAGAAUGAUGUGCGUAGAUGCAAAGAGAGUUUCCCACAAACAAAAACUCCAUCUAAUAUGAUGGACCAAGUGAAUAUAUAGAUGUUGGCUAUUCUAA